CCGAAAUGGCAGCUCUUUUAAAGAAAAGAGCUUUGGCGGAGUAUAGUCAAGUUAUUCAGGAAGAAGCACCUAAGCCUAUAAAGAAGCUACGACUGACCCAGAGGGCGGCAGAACCAGAGAUACAACUUAACCUCCAUGGCUUGUCCUCUAAUGAUGUUUUCCAGGCCCUGAUCAAGUUUGAGCACAGCUUGCCCGUGAACAGUGCCUACCUGACCCAGAUUGUGCGCACCUUGCUGGACCAUUAUGGAAGAGAGAAGGAGCCCUUUGUAAGGUCUAAGGUUGCAACCUUGCUGGCCAAACUGUCUAUAGUUCCUGGUAUCUCUGCCGAAAGCCUGGCAGAAGAGCUUAUUUCCUUGCUGACCACAGAAGACUCCCAGAAGGCUCAAAGUCAUCUGAUCUCAGCAUUAUGUGUGAUUGGUCAGUCGGCCGCACUUAACAGACAUUUGCACAGACAGCUAGUGGAACAGGCUCAAAAGCAUCUGACGAGUGGCAGUCACACUGUCAGAAGGAGUUGCUUGCACCUGAUUGGCUGUCUAGAGUCACCUGACCAGUCAAACAAGGUGGAUCACUCUAGUGUGCAGAAACUCAUUGAGAGUUUUGUUGGUGAUCAGGACCCUAGAGUUAGGUCCAGCGCAUUUGAAGCCUUGUUGAAGCUACAUGACCGAGGCCUGGUUUUAGAGGAGAGUUUAUACAAGACAGCAUGCGAAGCCCUUACAGAUGAUUAUGAGGGGGUCAGGACAGUUGCUGUACAUUUGGUCUGGGUGUUGUCUCAUCUAUACCCGGAAAGUUGUGUACCAGUCCAGGGAUCAGACGAGGUCCUCAGACUGGUUGAUGAUGGAUUUGUCAGAAUUUGUAUCAUGAUCAACGACAUCUCUGUCAACGUGCGGACCAAAGCUGCAAGUCUCCUGGGCUCCCUUCACCUGGUCAGUGUCAAGUUCCUGGAGCAGACUCUCGACAAACAGCUCAUGUCCAAUAUGAGGCGUAAGCGUACUGCAGCUGAGCGGGCCAAGGAACACUACACAUCAGGGGUGUGGUCCUCCGGGAAAAAAUGGGCAGACGACGCUCCAAAAGAAGAACUUGACCCGGAGAGUGUUAACGUUAUCAACAUCGGGGCAUGUGGAGCCUUUGUGCAUGGGCUGGAGGAUGAAUAUUCAGAGGUACGUAACUGCACCCUCGACUCUAUCUGUGAGCUGGCCAGCCAGAAUCCCCAGUUUGCGAUCCUCAGUCAGGACAGUAUAGCGGACAUGUUUAAUGACGAAAUCGAGAGCGUAAGACAUAACGCCAUCAACUCUCUGAAGAAACUGAGCCAGCACUUGGAGAUCAGGGAGGAUCAGCUGGAGAUUAUGGUUGGUGUUUUGCAGGACUUUUCAUACGUAUCACGUGAGUCACUGCGGGACAUGUUAUGUGAGAUGAAAUUCGCCACCAAAGAAUGUCUCAACACAUGUGUGGUCGCCCUACUGGACAACCUACGAAGAUACCCCCAGGACAGGACCUCCAUAUGGAAGUGUAUGCAUCACUUGGGGAAGAACUGCAGUAGCCUAGCCCUGCCUUUGUUACCAGACCUUUUAUGUCUUCAUCCAUACUUUGACACCCCUGAGCCUGAAAUGGAUGACCCAGCUUACAUCAGUAUCCUGGUCCUUGUGUUCAAUGCUGCAGCUGGGAACCACACGGCUCUGCCCAUGUUCCAGGAACACACAUGGAGGCACUACACGUACCUACGGGACAGUCUGCCUGACCUUGUACCUCAACUUCAGUGUGAAGAAUUGGAGAAAACUGAUGGUGAAUCAUCCAAGGAGGAGAAUUCUGAAAUGGCUGUGGAGUUUGUGAAGUCAACAGUGGAGAAACUGUCUGACCUUGGCUCCUUGGAUACGGAAACAGCCACACGGCUUCUCAACACAGCAGUCAGUGACUUACAGCAGGUAGCUAAGAUAGACUCGUCCACGUCCGCUUCCGCUGAGUGCCUCUCCCUCUUCCUCAAGGCACAGAUUCUCAUUACUCAGUUGAUGUCUCAGCAUGCCUAUAUCCUGACCGGAAGUGUUACCGUUGGAAACCUGAGUGUUGUUGUGGAAAAGCUUCUUUCCCUGACCGGACAACUACAAACACUCUUUCUUGGGCUUGGCACUAAUGAACUAGCCCUUAUCAGGCAGACAGAGCUUAAGGCUCUAACUUUCAGAUUGUGUUCUACACUGGCCAACUCCCAGGAGCUGGCGACCCAAAUGAAGGCCCAGGGCGUCUACACUAACUACCUGUCCUCUCUACAAGGAAUGUUAUCGGGAGAGGAUGCCCCCACCGACCAGUGUACGUCCUUCCUACUCUCCAAACUUACGGCAUUAAAAGGAUCUCAACUCUCUAAUGUGCAAAAUAUCCUUCUCUCUGCAUUAAAGUUAGUACAGCCAGUCACAUGUCCGCUAACGAGGAAGGUGCGUAAAGCAUUUGCAGUUAUCCACGAGCCAGCCCGCGUAUCAGACAACCCCGUCAAGUUUACUGCAGGCCUUACUGCUGCCGUUCCGCUGAUCGCUGAUGUGGAAAAUGUCGCUAGGCUGGACAAUGUCAGGAUCCGGGUUCAGUACCCAGACACAACUACAACACUGACAAAACCAUCACCUAGUGACCUGAAGAGACACAGCAGUCUUUCACACAGACUAGUUUCACAGGUUCUCAUAUCACACGGACAUUGGUCAGAGUCGAGUACAAUUGAAGUAAGCCUUGUGUUGAUAAAUGACUGUGAACGCCUCACCAAGUUCAAGUCCCAGUCUGCUCAUAGUUCAGAAGAAAACCAGUCUGUCAUAGAACUCUGUAUACCAGUCAAAGUGCUUGUGUCUCCAAAACCUCAUAAACGCUGAAGUCUUCCUUCAGUUUGAACAGAAGAAGACCUUUCUGUUAUAGAACUGCAUAAAAUUGCGUCCAGCUUAACAAUCUGUUAAAUUGUAUGCAAAAUGGAUAUGCAGUCAGUUUUUACAACUAGUUAAUGCUGAAUUCAGCAUUUGAGCAUACAGAUACGAUUAUAUGUGUAUUUCUACCAAAUACUUUAUGGCUCAAAUUAUUCAUACAUGGAUUGAAUGUAUAAACUCAAAUAAUCUGGCACAGAGACAUUCCCACAUGAUAUGCUGGAUAUAUCACAUCCUUGAAUGCUGUUAGUAUUCAGUGAUUAUUAUUUUUUUUGGUGCAAUUUACUGCCUUCUUAAGGCUGUUUCCCCUUGCGAAAAAUGUCCAUUUUAAUCCAAAAAAAAAUAUAAAAAAAAAUCCCAAUUUGAUAAAUGCAGAUUAUGUUGAUGAUUGAAAAAAAAAUGAAUUUCUUUAAAAAUAAAGAAAAUUUUGACAAGCCUAAACCUUCCACAGCAUAAUAUAUGCAUAAGAAGGUGAAAACACGCAUAUUUGCAAUUUCAUUUGCUAUUUUGUUCCGUUUUUAUGUUUUUCCCAAUCUGACCAUUUUUUCCCGAUUUCCAAGGCACAGGCAGUACAAAUAUGUCCGAAAUGACAUCACUGGUAUUAAUUUAAUAUAAUAUUAUAAAUUGCUCUACUUAAGUAUUCACAUGUGUAGUGGAAAUAAAAAAUGUGUGAAUUUGGUGCUGAACCAGGCUUUCUAAUGAGUCUGUUACUUUAAAGCUGCACUCUCACAGAUUUAGCGUUUUUACAAUUUUUAUACGCCCAUCUUACGAUGGCCGUAUUAUGGGAACACCCAUGGCGGGCGGGCGGCGGCGGGCGGGCGGCUCCACAAUGUUGUCCGCUCUCUAACUUGAACAUUUCUCAUCCAAUUUCCACCAAAUUUCAUGAAAGUGUUUGUUGGUGAAAUAUCUAGGUCAAGUUCGAUAACCAGCCAAAUCGCUUUAGGCCCUCCAGAGUUAUGGCCCCCUGAAUUUGUCAAAAUUGGCCAUUUUAGCUUUGUCCGCUCUCUAACUUGAUCAUUUCUCAUCCAAUUUCCACCAAACGUCAUGAAAGUGUUUGUUGGUGAAAUAUCUCGGUCAAGUUCAAUAACCAGCCAAAUCGCUUUAGGCACUCCAGAGUAUUGGCCCCCUGAAUUUGUCAAAAUUGUCCAUUUUAGCUUUAUCCGCUCUCUAACUUGAACAUUUCUCAUCCAAUUUCCACCAAACUUCAUGAAAGUGUUUGUUGGUGAAAUAUCUCGGUCAAGUUCGAUAACCAGCCUAAACGCUUUAGGCACUCCAGAGUUAUGGCCCCCUGAAUUUAUCAAAAUUGGCCAUUUUAGCUUUGUCUACUCUCAAACUUGAACAGUUUUUAUCUGAAUUUCACCAAACUUGCUACUAUAAAUGUUUGUUGGUAUAUAUUCUUGGCAAAGUUCUAUAACCAGCCAGGCUCUUCAGGAUUAUGGCCCAUGAAUUGGUCAAAAUUCUUCUUGAAAAGCUUGCUUCUCAAAGGGCCAAUGUGACAGUAAGUUGUCUUAGAAUCCAAGAAAUUAUUGAUGGGCGUAUUUUGUGAGUGUCACUCUUGUUUUAUUUUUUUUUGUCUUGGAAUAAGCAAAAUUUUGCUUAAAUAUCUGCAAACCAGUGUUAAAAGACUGCUGACAAAAGAUCAGAUCUCAAAUUUCAUAUUUCCAUUCAAAAAAUAAUGUUUUAUGGCUAAAAGUGUUACUAACGGUUUAAGAAAAAGGCUUAAACAUAAAUUUUUGAACUUAAAUAUGAAAAUCUGCGAUCAAAUUUUUUGUCAGCAGUCUUAUGACUGGUUUUCAUGCAUUUUCGCAUAAAUUGGCUCGUUCCAAGACAAAAAAAAUAAAAAAGCUGUCAAAACGUUCACUACAUGAGAGUGCAGCUUUAACAGAUAAUAUAGAAACAAACAGACAGAAAUUAGAUUGAUACAUGUAUCAUACAAGAUAUCGAUGUUUUAAUGUAAACACUCCUGAUUGUAAAAUGGGCAAAAUAUAGUAACAUGCUAUGGCUGAAUUAAACAUUUCAUACAUGA